AUGAGCUCUCAAGGAAUCAGGGCAACGCUAAAGAUUGCCAAGAGUGUUCAGUUGUUCGAAAUCCUGAAGCGCAAUAUCGUGGCAAACCCUGUAGUGCGGCAUCCUGAUAGGCCCAAGCCCUUCAUUAUCAUACUGCAUGCUAACCAAUGGAUUGCCUGCCCAGUCCUAGGCCAGAAACAUGAUGUAUUGAUACAGUCAGUGCUGUUCACGGAACGCGUCCUUCACAUUGCAGAGUUGCGGUAUCACAUCACCGAGAAAAAAUCAUUGCUAGUGGUGCCAGUUUUCAAGACGCACGCUCAGGGCUGCCCACUUAUCUUGUACUCCUGUCACAAAGAGUUUAAGUGGAUCAUGAAGUCCAAGACAGCAGAUGGGAUGUCUGUGCCCUGUGGCGUCUUGCUUUCACAAUGGAACCUAGACAUCAGGAAAAUUCAUCGAGACGAAGACGGAUUAGCUGGCAUCCUGGGUGCUGGUAUUAACCCGCGAGAGCACCUGGAUGAGAUCGCUGAGGGAAUCGCCUCCGCCAAGGGGCAUGCGAUACCGCCUCUGGUAGUUUGUUUCGAGAUGUUGAUGGAUACCUUGAAUGUAUCGCGCAGAAUUUUGAAGCUGUGGAUGUAUUUUUGGGAACUCACUGGAGGAAAGAUUCUGGAUGCUUAUGAUUUUAUUCUGGAGGACAUCACUGGGAAUGAUGCUGGAAUUGGUGGGCUCCUGAACGACUAA